UUGUUAUAAACCCCUAAAAACCUGUUAGUUCAUCUCCGUAAGACCUUUCACGAAACAUCUUCAUAAUCAAGAUUGAUUUGAAGCAAAACAAUAAGUGCAACAAUGCCAUUUGAUUAAAUACAAAUUCAUUUCGCCAAAUUAUUUUGAGAUUGCUCACAAUAGAUCUUAUUACACGAAACAUUUCGAUGACGUCAUUUCUUGCAUAUGAAGUCAUCAAAAUUUCUAGUUAAAAUUUCAAGUCGAUCUCAACAUAUCUGAAGAGAUAAUUUCUCGAAUUAUUUCAAAGGAUAUUAACACCAACUGAAAAGUAAAAUAAUCCAAGAGAUGGAUAAUUGUAACACCAGCGAGAAGAAUUUUAUGCAUACAAGAGACGCAUCCUUUCAAUCUAAAAAUGGUGCAAAUUUAAAAGAGCAAAAUAGUUUGAAGAGAACCAACAAAAUUACUGAAAAGCAUCACUUGAAACCUUAUCCUGUUGAAGAGUACUUAACGGCGGAAUGUAGUAAACAUCUACAGAAUGUACUCAGCUCUAAGACAAAGAAACAAGUAGAUAUAAAUGAAAGACAAUAUGAAGACAAACAUGAGUACAAUCUGCUGCAGAGACAAAAACAGUCACCAUUUUUUUAUCCCACCGAAAAGAUGCCAUCUUUAAGGCAACAGCAAAAUACCAAGUCUUGUUUUUUCUCGGGUGGCAGCAAUAAUGAAGUCCCUCAGUUUAAUAAAGAUCACAAUCAAGAUAGCAAUUCCAGCUGCUUAUUGCCACAGAUUUUACCAAAUCACGGCAUCCUGCAAAACUUUUCUACAGAUACUAGCUUUUAUGAGAAAUCUUCUGAUUAUAACAGUUCUACGCCAGCGCAACAUUAUAUACUGCACUAUGCACAAGGGUAUCCUCAAAAGAGGCGUCAUCAACAAUCCCAGCACCAUCAUCGCCACCACCACAACCACCACCAUAACCAACAACAACAUCAGCAGCAUCAUAAACAACGAUACCAACUAAAGUCUGCGUCGUUGCAUAACCAUAUAUUUUAUCAAAACUAUCUGCAACAUCCAUCCUUAUAUGAUAUCUACAACCGUGAUAUUUAUAAAACUUCAAACUUAUGUCGAUCGUACAAAUGCAAGGUCAAAGAACAUUUUACAUCGAACAAACCUUAUCAUUUUUCUACAUCAAAUAUAAAUCAGAAUUCACAGACCAAUUCCUAUAAUACUGAAACCGUCCAACGGCUAUUACUGGAACAGCAAGAACCGUAUUACACUAUUUCUUCAGUUCGCGAUACGAAAACGAAUGUACCGACAGAAUAUUCGGUGAAAAACGAUUGUAUUCCACUGACUAAAUGGGUAGAACCUACCCAUAAGAACUUUCCAAGUGCCAAAGAUAUGAUUGAACCAUCAGAAGUCUAUGGAAAUCUACUUGAGCCGGGAUUUAUCUCAAGUCAAGCAGUGUCGUCAGGUGUGACAAAGGAAGCAAUUGAAGAACCGAAGCUAGAUUUUAAGAAAGACACAACUCCACCGAAAGACGAAUCCUCGCAGCUAAGUCCAAGCAACUGGCAAGAAUAUAAAAUAAUGGACAUUAACGGCCGAAAGAUUGGUUGCAAUAUUCAAGUUAUGUACACUUCAGAAAGUGAGGCGAAAAUGAAAGCCAUUUUACCAAUAUUCAACAAAGAGCGUCUCACUGUGUUCCCAAAUCUGCUGAUUGAAAAUCUCUAUGACGGUAAACAGUGUUCAACAUGCGGUCGAAGAAGUUCGGUUAUUGAUAAAGAACACAUGGAUAAACAUUUCCGUCAAAAUGAGCUGAAGACAGAGAGAAAGUUCCUGAAAUGUCGGAAUUGGUAUGAGAACGUGGCACCAAAUAUUGCAGAGGAACAGCAACAGAGAAGUAUCAAAGAUAUCAACCCAGAAGAAAAACAAGUUGCCAAAAAGCCCCAGUUAAUUCCGGGUAUUAAUGACAUGUGUUCCGUAUGUAAGGAGAGUUUUACGCAGUUCUAUAACCAAGAAGAUGAAGAAUGGCAACUAAAAGAUGCUGUAGUUAUGGACAACCAGUAUUUCCAUGAAAUCUGUUCCGAAGACCGAGACAACAUGUAAACCAGCUUCUUCU